AUGCCGACGAUGUGGUUAUCAGAUAUGCAGAAGUUUGGGGUGGUGUUUUGCUCUGGCGGGGCGUUAUUCCUCUUUUUGGGCAUUAUGAUGUUUUUUGAUCGAUCGCUCCUCGCCAUGGGAAACAUUCUCUUCCUAAUCGGUCUCCCCUUGAUCCUAGGCCCGUCCAAAACCCUCUCCUUCUUUGCUCGCCGCCAAAAACUCACAGGAACCAUAACCUUCGUGCUAGGAAUCCUGCUAAUCCUCUUCCGCUGGCCGCUGACGGGAUUCUGCGUCGAAUUAUACGGUCUCUUCGUUCUCUUUGGGGACUUUUUGGUUACGUUAAGUGGAUUUGUGGGGUCUGUGCCUGUGGUGGGACCACCGUUGAAGAGACUGUUAGUGUUCAUUGGGACGGCCGGAGGGAGGAGAGGGAGAGGUGGAGAAUUGCCUGUUUGA